GAUAAAGUUUUUGAAUGCACAGAGCAUAGCGCCGAUCGAAAUUCAUCGUCAGCUGUGCCGGGUCUAUGGGCCUAACGUCAUGAGCAAGCAGAUGGUGCGUCGCUGGUGCAGACAAUUUUCAGCAGGUCGACAAAGUGUGCAUGAUGAGAAGCGCAGUGGGAGGCCAUCCAUCAUUACAGACGACCUUGUGGAGCUUGUGCGGGAACGCAUUAUGGAUAAUCGUCGCUUCACAAUUACGGAACUCAGCAGUCAUUUCCCGCAGAUUUCCCGCUCCUUGUUGCACAAAAUUGUCACGGAGCACCUGUUGUUCAAGAAAUUGUGCGCCAGGUGGGUGCCGAAGCAACUGACACCAGAACACAAAACAAAGCGCAUGGAGUCAGCAUUGACAUUUCUGCAGCGGUACCAUGAUGGCGGCGACGAGUUUCUGGACCGGAUCAUCACAGGUGAUGAAACGUGGAUUGCACACAUUACCCCAGAAACCAAGCAGCAGUCAAUGCAUUGGCGUCACAGUGGAUCUCCCUGUAAGACAAAAUUCAAGCAGACGUUGUCGGCGCGGAAAGUGAUGUGCACGGUGAAUGCUGAGCGUUACUGCGAAACACUGCAGAAAUUGCGACGGGCCAUUCAGAACAAGCGGCGCGGGAUGCUACAGUGCCGGUAUUGUCUUCCUGCACGAUAA